GCCACUUCACAGAGCACGCCCCUCGGCCCCCUGUCCCUGGAGAAGAAGGGGGUGACCGUGACCCCUACCACCUCCCCUCCAGCCAUGGAGGCCGCCCCCCCCACCCAGUCCACCUGCUACCCCCCCUCCAAAACAGACCCCGUCUUCCGUAGUAGCGAGUCCCCAUCCUCGGCCACCCCCACCCCCAGGCGGCCGGACCUGGACCUAGGGUACGAGCCUGAGGGCAGCGCCUCCCCCACGCCUCCCUACCUGAAGUGGGCCGAGUCGCUCCACUCUCUCCUGGAUGACCAGGAGGGCAUCCAGCUGUUCAGGGGCUUCCUGAGACAGGAGGGCUGUGGGGACCAGCUUGACUUCUGGUUCGCCUGCUCCGGCUUCAGGAAGAGCAGCCAGGAGAAGAGGCCCAAGCUGGCCAAGGCCAUUUACAGGAAGUAUAUUCAGGAUAGUAACGGCAUCGUGUCGAGGCAGAUUAAACCAGCUACUAAGAGCUUCAUCAGAGACUGUGUGGUCAGACUGCAUCUGGACCCUGCCAUGUUCCAACAGGCCCAGACAGAGAUCCAGAGCACCAUGGAGGAGAACACCUACCCUCUGUUCCUGAAGUCAGACCCCUACCUGGAGUACACCCAGACAGGGGAGGAGAGCCCCAAACCACCCAGCGACCACAGCUCCUCAUCGGGUACUGGUCCUGGGCCGCUGGGGCCUGGCUACCUGCCCACCCUCACAGAGGACGUAGAGUGGAGGUGCCGGGAGGAAGAGGAUGAGGAAGAGGAGGAGGAAGAGGAGAGCGGGGAUACGCAGGCCAGCAGGCUGACCCAGAGGUUGCUAAUGGAGACGGCUCCUCACAGAGUGUCGACCAAUCGGAGAGCAGGGGAAAGCCGAGAGUACAGACCAUGCAGAGAGCCGGUCGUUAACCCCUACUACUACGUGAACAUGGGUUCUGCUCGUGCCCCGGCAACCAGCGCUAACGACAGUGAACAGCAGAGCAUGUCCAGCGUCUCCGAUGGCGACACACUCUCACUGACCGACAGCAGUGUGGAUGGUGUUCCACCCUACCGGUAUCGUAAACAGCAUCGUAGAGAGAUGCAUGAAAGUGCCAAAGCCAACGGACGUGUGCCCCUACCUCACAUACCUCGUACGUACCGUGUGCCAAAGGAUGUCCACGUUGAGCCGGAGAGGUUUGCUGUUGACCUCAUCAGUCGACUGGAGGAAGUGCUGAGAGAGAGAGAAGCACAGGAGAGACUGGAGGAGAGACUGAAGAGGGUCAGACUGGAGGAGGAGGGCAACGACGCCGAUGUCUCCAUGGUAAACUCCCUCCCCCCCUACGGCAACAAGCCCCUCCCCGCCUCCACCUCGUCCCUCCACCCCCACUAUGGGUCCCGUUAUUCAGAGACCUCGUACAAUGGUGUUCUGGCGCUACAGGACGCGCACGAGGAGAACCCGGAGUCCAUCUUGGACGAACACGUGCAGAGAGUGAUGAAGACGCCGGGGUGCCAGUCACCAGGCACCGGGAGACACUCACCCAAGUCCCGCUCCCCCGACGGAGGGGUAGGGGUGUACCCUCCGCCUCACUCUGGGAGAACCCAGGGGCCUCCAGGGGUGAAAGGCCACAAGCCAGGAGCCAAGGGAGGGGACCCAGCGGGGAUGGGAGCAGGUGUUUACCACCACAAGCAUGGCUACCACCACCCCCCAGGGGGCACCAAGCCCAAAGAGCCCCAGAUGGAUGAGGUGGUGCUGGGUGGAGGCUCCAGGACCCAGGGGAGCGGCCUGUGGAACGGGGAGGCCCACCACUACGCUACCGGGAAGGGACGCAACUACGCAGAUGGGGCUGGGACCAUGGACGCGAUGGGCUAUAG